GAGAAGGGAAAAGGGACGAGGCUGUCCAUUCUCGUCUCUGACAGCGUCUUUUAUUUGAGAGAAGAACAAAAAAAUGCCUCUUUUUAUAAACAGGGAUCAGAUAUUCGCACAUCAGGUCCACCUGCUGGAGCACAAGCUGAGGAGCAAAGAGGAGCGAAUACUGGAACUGGAGACUGAGAAUGCUAUUCUACAUUUAAGGCUUGCAGAGUGUCUGGGGAAACUCCGCCGAGACCCGGAAGAGGAGCCCAAGGACCUGAACCACCAUCAGCACCAGAGGAAUGCACAGAGGAUCACCCGGUCAGCCCUCACCAAACUCCUUCAGGAGGUCCAGGCCGUGAAGCAGGACUUGAGUGAAUUUUUUGCUGUGUAUUUGAGUUUCGCCACUGAGCUGGAGGAGCAGAGCAAGCAGCUGCUGAAGAAAGUGGAGCAAGCCAGCUGUUCUCUAAACGGUCACCGUGCAGACGAGGUCCAGAACUUACAAGCUCAUGUUGCUGCUCUGGAAUGCUCUCUGGAGGAGGAGAGGGAGAGGUGCAGGGCAGAGAGGCAGAGGAGGAAAGAACUCCAUAACACAGUGGUGGAGUUGAGAGGAAACAUCAGGGUUCACUGCAGGGUGCGACCGGUUCUACCCUUUGACCACGUCCAGUCCUCUUCCGCUGGAUCAGGGCAUGCAUCAUCAGAAGAAGUGAUCUCCGCAAUCAGUGAUGACACAGUGAUGGUGAAUUGCAUAAAAACAGGGAUGCCAGUGCACAGCAAGAUGUUUGAGUUUGAGAGAGUGCAUGGACCUGAAGAUUCCCAGGAUGCUGUGUUCGAGGAAGUCAAGCCGCUUGUGACAUCUCUGCUGGACGGCUAUAAUGUGUGUAUCAUGGCGUACGGGCAGACAGGCAGCGGGAAGACUCACACCAUGAUGGGAUCACGGCUGCUGGAGGAGCACUCAGGGACGCAGCGUGAGACACAGCAGGGUAUCAUCCCCAAAGCUGCUGCUGAGCUCUUUCGGCUGAUCUCAGAGAAACCCUCAGAGAGCCACACGGUGGAGGUGUCAGUGAUGGAGGUAUACAACAACGAGGUGUUUGACCUCCUGGCAAAAGAUGAGCGGGGCAACGCCAGCGGUCAGCGCCGGGACGUCAUCACCACCUCCUCUGGUACCAGCCAGGUCACCUCCCUCACAUACGAGCCUGUGUGUAACGCCUCUGAGGUGAUGCAGAUCAUCAGCAGCGUUUUGAAGCUCAGGGCUCACUGCCCCACCCUCGUCCACACCGACUCCUCACGCUCGCACCUCAUUGUCACCCUCACCAUUUCCUCCAAGAGCCCCAACGCUCUCGCCCUGGCCCGCAGGCUACAGAGUGCCAAGAAGGACAUGCAGCGCUCCACCCACAAGGAGUGGUGGAGUCCACGCUGUCGGCGUGCCAACCCCGUCGUCCGCAAUUCAUCCGACGAGCUCUUUGCAAGCACUGCCUCCUCCCCAUGCCCCUCCCCUUCUCACUCCCCAUGCCCCUCCCCCAGGCCCAGCAUCUCACAGGCUCUGUUCAAGACCAAGCUGCAGCUGGUGGACCUGGCAGGGAGCGAGUGUGUCGGUAUGUCUGGAGUUUCGGGUUCAGCUCUGUGGGAGGUGUCCUGCAUAAACCGCAGUCUCUCAGCGCUGUCCGACGUCCUGGGAGCUCUGGCAGAGCAGAGACCACACGUCCCCUACAGGAACAGCAAACUCACUCAUCUGCUGCAGGAUGCCAUAGGUGGCGACGCCAAGCUGCUGCUGAUGCUGUGUGUCUCCCCCACACAGCGCUUCAUUACAGAGUCUCUGCAGUCUCUGGGCUUGGGCACGAGGGCCCGUCAGGUCCAGAAGGAGCUGCCGCGAAGGAAGAGUAACACCCUCAAAGUUAAGUGACGACACAGAGGGAGAGAUGUGAUCCUCUGCAGGUGCUGUGGUGACAGAGAUCCUUAUCAGAUUUGAGGAGACAUCUGCCACAUAGGCGUAUCAGGUGUGUGCGUUGGUGUUGUUCCCAGAACAUCAUAAUCAAUGUUGCUCCAGGACCAUCAGUUUAAGUUACAAAUGAACGAAGUAAAUCACAUUUUCGAGCAAGCUGUUGUGGCUGAGUGGGCUAAAUAUAGAGUUGUAACUCCAGAGACGAGGGUUUGUAUCACAUUUAGAUCAGAUGCUGUUCACCUAUUUUUCACACUUAGUUCACUUAUUGUUUUCCAUUUCUUUUCAGUUUUAUGUUGCUGUUUGGUUAGAUUUAUGGAACUAAAAUUUGUUGAAGUUUAGGGAAAUACUUUGUGAGGUUUAUGGAACAAAAAUACACAAUGAGGUUUUGGGAACUUAAAUUCUUGGUUAGGUGUAGGGAACUGAAAAAAAUGGUUAGGAUCAGUGAACUAAAUACUUGACUAGGUUUAGGGAACUUUAUUUUCUAAUGUUCAGGGAACUAAAAUACUUGUUCUGUCUGGUUUAAGAAAACAUGGUUUGGUUUAAAAUAUGCACUUUCAUACACAUGAUUUAAAAGACAUUUUCUCUUAUGGGUGUAUUUUUCCAGUCUUUGCCUCUGAGAAGCUCAACUAUGACAUCACAGAAAUGUGACUGGUCAGUUUCACCGAAGGCCCUGGAACAACAUUAAUUACCAAAAUUGCAUGAUCAGAUAGUGCGUGAUGCGCUCCUGCAAACGUGUUAUUGAUUAUCUGAUAGGAUAGAUAUGUGGGCCCUUUUUAAAAACAAUGACAAUUCAAUAUUCACAGCCUUAAACGGUAUGACAACAUCUUACUGCAGCUAUUAGUCAUCUUAUGUGAUCAACAGGUGCUGCAUGUUCAUCUGUAUAAGCAUGGAUAAUCGUGUUUUUUUUAAACUCCUACACUCUACAAGAAUAACAGGAAUAGUGUUAUAUCUUAUGUCUCGCUCUAAGUUGUACUUAAUUUAACUAGGACAGACCAUGGUACCAUUCUACAUCUCACAGAGCUGACUGAAGCUGCAUAUCCCUGUGUAAUGCUUGAAUGUACCAUGAAACACUUUAUCAGUGCGUUAAUAACCCUGACAAUGACCAAGUAGGUAUGAAUGGUGGUGAAAUGACUUGAAGGCUCCACUUUAUCACAUAUUUAGCUGUAGAUGAAGCCAACAGUCAACAGUCUGAGUCUGACUUCUGCUGUAAAUACAUUUCAGUACUUGUUGCUCGCUUUCCCUUUCUUUCUUUUUUUUUUUCUUAGUGCUUUUGGUAUGGCUGUGUUUUAAACAGUAUUUAUACACAUGAUGAUGUAUUCCGUAUCUGCAAUAUUCACCUUUGAAACGCCUUGAUAGAAUAAUCCCAUUAGAUAAUUACUUCAGUAUUACUUAAAAAUAAACAGAUGAUAAGCA